AAGUAACCAGAACCACCGAGACUGGUUCUGACAGUCAUACCUCCACAUCCAAUAUAAUCGGACUGAAUAAGAACUGAAAAAAAAAAUGUUGACUUUACCGCGAGACAUCAGUGACGUUCUGGAAACCUCGCUGGGCACCAAAAUCACCGAUUACCACAUAAGCCUAGGCGAAUGUAACAGCAAAGGCUUGGGAUUUGUGAGCGAGCUCCUCUUCGUCGAUCUCAUCCACAAAUCAACGGGAGAACAACACCAUCUGGCCAUAAAGCAGGCUCUGCCCUCAGGCGGCGCCUACUCCAUGCGUAUGAUGCGCAACGCUUUCGCCAACGAGAUUCGUUUCUACCAGACUUGUUGGCCGACUUUGAAGAGAUUCCAAGGAAGCCAUCCCCGAGUGAAACCGUUCCGAUGCCUCGCCAAGUGCUACGGCGCAGCUAAGGAAGUCGAGAAGGAGAAGCUGGUGCUGGAGAACCUCAAGGCACGAGGUUUCACGAUGUAUGAGAGAUCUAAGGCUUUCGACCUGAGACACAUGGAGGUGCUGUUCAAGACCCUCGCGGAAUUCCACGCGAUAUCCUUUGCCUAUCGCCACAAAAAGUCUGAGGAUGCAUUCGAGGAGUUGACGAAACCUAUGGUUAAUAUCUGGUUGUUUAUCAUGGAGGCUUUGUUCUUCCCGGAGAUGAUCAAGGAGUGUUUGAAGGGUUUUUUGGAGAAAGUAAGGCCAGAAUUGAGAGAGAAGGUUGGGAGGAAGCUCGAGAGGUAUUUUGAUGGACUGGAGGCAGUGAUCAAUGAGUGCUCGGAAUAUACAGGGAGUUGUCCCGUGCUACUCCAUAGGGAUUGUUGGAGCAAUAAUAAUAUGUUUAAAUAUAACGAAUCCCAACAAAUCUCUGAAAUCAAGUUUCUCGACUUCCAAGUCGCGGGAAGAGGCAGUCCUGUACAAGAUUUAUCCUACUGCUUCUAUAGCGGGGCAUCCACAGAAGUACUGCAGAACUUCGAGAACCUGCUGCGCAUAUACCACGACACUUUAUCGACAGCGCUGGAAGCAUACGGCUGCGCAGUAGACGAAAUAUACCCCAUGCGCACCCUGAAAGACGAAUGGACCAAGUACUCCAAAUAUGGAUUGUUACAGAGCAUCCUGAUUCGAAAGGCUAAGUUGACAGAUUCCAAAGAUGCCCACGAUUUGAACAAGUUAUUGGACAACGAUUUGGCAGAAAUGAACAAGCCAGCAAAUAUCGACAUGGAAGAGUUCACGCGAAUAACGAGUGAAUUGAUAAUGCACGCCGCUGGAGGCAUACGGCUGCGCAGUAGACGAAGUAUACCCCAUGCGCACCCUGAAAGACGAAUGGACCAAGUACUCCAAGUAUGGAUUGUUACAGGGCAUCCUGAUUCGAAAGACUAAGUUGACAGACUCCAAAGAUGUCUUCGAUUUGAACAAGUUAUUGGACAACGAUUUGGCAGAAAUGAACAAGCCAGCAAAUAUCAACAUGGAAGAGUUCACGCGAAUAACGAGUGAAUUGAUAAUGCACGCGUACGAAAACGAUGCAUUGUGAAUUUGUUUAUAAGCUGCCCAACAGUUCUUGAAACCCUUUGAACUGAAAAAAUAUGAAAUAUUUCGGCAGAAAAUCGUUUUAUAAAUACUGUCUGUAGGUUAACCGAGGAGGUGGUACAUUCAUUUUUCCAAUUUUUUUUGGGAUUUCCUCUCCUCGUUUCUAUAAAAUGAAAAUAUGAAUAUUAUUUCAAUAUACGUGUAGUAUAUUGGAGUAUAUUGGAAUAAUAUUCAUAUUUUCAUUUUAUAGAAACGAGGGGAGACCGAAUCUGCUCUCGUUUUCAACAUAAAAAAUCGUAAAAAAUGGUUAUUUGAAUAGCAAAGUCGUAUCUGUCUUGAAACUUUUCAAUUCUCAUUGACAAUAAUUGGUGACGUUGGCAAUCAAAUGAGUUACAGGAUGUUUUCAUUAAUUCACGAAGGAACAUAAGUACAAUAUACAAAAGACACAUCGAUAAAUCGUACCUAGCUGAACAUAUCCUUACUGAAGACGGACAACAAAUGGUAGAUUGAAAUAAUAAUGAAAUCAUUUGAAAUGAAGAUAACAACCAGAAGAGAAAAAUCGAGGAAUUUGCUUGCAUUCUUCUGAACGGAGGCAAUAGCAUUGCUUCUUCUUCAGUUGAUAUCUGGACAGAACAUGGUAUUCCCUACUGAAAUCUGAACAUGAAAAUGGUAAAUUCAAGAUUUAUUAAUGGAAAAAAUCCUGUAACUCAUUUGAUCGCCAACGUCUGAAACUGAACUGAAAAGUUUCAAGACAGAUACGACUUUGCUAUUCAAAUAACCAUUUUUUAUGUUGAAAACGGGAGCAGAUUCAGUCCCGAAACGUCCAAAGAUAAGUGAAAAUUUGAUAUUUUUUCUAUGUACCUUUGUUUCUCUUCUUCGAACUGUUUUCAAUACAAAUUGUCAUUGACAAGCCAGUGAAUUUUUCGUUUAGGCUCUCUGAUAGGAAAAUUCUUUAAACGCAGUGACAUUCUGGGGCAAAUCAUCUGAUUUGUCCUUACUACACGUAUAUUGAAAUAAUAUUCAUAUUUUUAUUUUAUAGAAACGAGGGGAGAAAAUCCCAAAAAAUUUGGAAAAAUAAAAAAUCGUCUUCCUUAUAGAAUAUUUGGACCGGUGUUGUUUUUACACCCUGUAGGCCUACUUUUGGCAUUAGUGAUACUUUUUUAACUUUCAUCACAGUUGUUGCACGCUUUUGGAUUUUUUUCAUUUUAUUUUCUGUUGCUCACCCAAUAACAGAAAAAAACUUGCUUCUCACUUGUUGUACAGUAGGUAUAUUAUCUACUGAUGGUGUAUGAAUCAAGGAUGAAGUAAAAUAUUCAAAACAGUAUUCUCAGGCAAUAAUUUGAUUAGUAUUAUUACUGUUUUAUUGAAUUGUACUUACAAGUAAUGUAUUGAAUAAUGAUCGCGAAAUAAAUGGUCUCUUUUUUUUGGAAUUUCGGUAAUAAUAAUAAGAUCUGAAAUUUCUAUUUAUGAUUCAUAGAUGAAAAUUCUCAUUUUUCAAAAAGUUUUAGUUAUUCAGUGGAGAAUUAUAUAUUUUUUUAAAAUUGAAUUAUAGUUAUUGUUACUUUUCUAUUUCAAAGAGAAAAGGUAUGACUCACCAGAACUUCUCUUUGCAAUGUCUUUAGAAACAUACUCAGAGCUCAUUAUUAUUAUUGUUAAUUUCGUUUAAUACUGUUUUUGCAAUAAACUAUAAAUAAAUAUGUAUAUAUAAUAUAUAAAUAUAAAUAAAAUAUAAAAUAUACACAUGUUAACAUCACAACUAUUCUGAUUUUUUUCUGGUCAUUCUGUGUAUAACCUCACAAUAAGGCACCCAUGGUAGAUUAUUCGAUAUGUUGCUCCCUCCACCUCGAGUCAUAAGGAAUGCAAAUCACCAGAAGACGAAUUGUCUUCGGAGAGGCCCUAAUACGGAACCUUGUGGCACUCCAAAUUAUCUUUUUUCAAAAUGUUUGUAUAGGAGAGAAGAGGAACAGGGUACAUAAAAUAGUUAUGAUUUUAUUCUUGAUUUUUGUGAGCUCACUAUAAUCUUCAGUUCAUUUCAUCGUUCUGUAAAUCUUCUGUGUCAUGUUCUGUGCUUUCCAUUUCGGCAGUUUGGUGAUCC